GUACCUUGUCCUCCUACCGCGCGCUGCUUGUCAGCUCUGCGCUCUCGCACAUAUAUCCUCUCUCUAAAUUUUCCGAGUUCAUUUAUCUCAUCCCCUAGACCGCGCAGCGCGCUUCAACAGGCCGCGUAGCUCGUCGGCGCGCGCGUUAAUCCGCGUACAAGUUUACCGACACCCAACAACCCUCUGCGCUUGCCGCGCUCUGGGAAUCCUACAAAUACCCCACACUCGUACCCCCUCUCUCAGCACUCGCAAUGUCGGACGGUGGCGAUGGAAAUAUCAAGGUCGUCGUGCGAUGUAGGCCGCUGAACUCGAGAGAGCUCGCCCGCGGCGCGAAGCCGCUCAUCCGCAUGCAGGGGAACCAGACGUUCCUCGAUCCGCCCGAGGCCGGCUCGUCGCAGGACACGAAGCGCGCGACGGAGCGCAAGACGAUGGCGUUCAGCUUCGACAAGAGCUACUGGAGCGCGGGCCCGCGCGACGAGCCGGGGUACUGCUCGCAGAAGACGCUCUUCGAUGAUCUGGGGAGGGAGCUGCUGGACCACGGAUUUGCGGGGUUCAAUACUUGUAUCAUGGCUUACGGACAGACAGGAUCCGGCAAGUCUUAUAGUAUGAUGGGCUACGGUCCCGAUAAGGGUAUCAUCCCCCAGACAUGUAUGGAGCUGUUCGAGCGCGUCGCUUCGCGCAAGGCCGCCGAUCCCAAUAUCGACUUUACUGUCGAAGUAUCGUACAUCGAGAUUUACAACGAGAAAGUGCGCGACCUUCUCAACCCCAAGAACACGGGCAACCUCCGUGUGCGAGAACACCCUAGCCUCGGUCCGUACGUCGAGGACCUGUCUAAGCUUAUGGUGAACAGCUACGAGGAGAUGAUGACGCUCAUGGACGAGGGUAACAAAGCCCGAACAGUCGCUGCGACGAACAUGAACGAGACAUCCUCGCGUUCCCACGCUGUGUUCACGCUGCUGCUCACCACCAAGCGACAUGAUGUCGAGACGAACAUGGACACGGAGAAGGUCUCGCGCAUCAACUUGAUUGAUUUGGCUGGUUCCGAGCGAGCCAACUCGACAGGAGCAACGGGCCAGCGUCUCAAGGAAGGAGCGAACAUCAACAAGUCUCUGACUACGCUUGGUAAAGUCAUUGCUGCCCUAGCUUCGGCCGGAGAGCAUGCCGGCGCACCAGCGAAGAAGGGCAAGAAGGGCAAAGCCGAGGACUUCAUUCCGUAUCGUGACUCUGUCCUAACCUGGCUGCUGAAAGACUCCCUGGGUGGUAACUCCAAGACGGCCAUGAUCGCAGCCAUCGCCCCCGCCGACUACGAGGAGACACUGAGUACACUCCGCUACGCCGACCAGGCCAAGAAGAUCAAGAACAAGGCCGUGAUCAACGAGGACCCGAACGCGAAGCUGGUGCGCGAGCUGAAGGAGGAGCUCGAGAUGCUGCGCGCGCGUGUGCAGGGCGCGUCGAGCGAGGCGACGUUCGAUCCGACGGUGCCGCCCGAGCAGCAGAAGGUCACGUACCAGACGAAGGAGGGCGAGCUGCGGACGGUGACGAAGGCACAGCUGCAGGAGCAGAUGGAGACGAGCGAGAAGCUGAUGCAGAGCUUGAAUGAGACGUGGGAGGAGAAGAUGGAAAGGACACAGGCGGUGCAGAAGGAGCGGGAGCAGGCGUUGGAGGAACUGGGGAUUACGGUGGAGAAGAAUUUGGUGGGCGUGCAUACGCCGAAGAAGAUGCCUCAUUUGGUCAACUUGAAUGAGGAUCCUCUUAUGAGCGAAUGUUUGAUCUACCAGCUCAAGCCUGGGCAGACCAUGGUCGGUCGACUGGACAGCGAGAAACCUGCUGCUAUCCGUCUUAGUGGCGAGAACAUCAUGGAGGAGCAUUGCUACUUCCAGAACGACGAUGGCAAGGUCCAUCUGCACGCCAUGCCGGACAGUGUUACCUUCUUGAACGGGAAGCAAAUCGCGCCAGGCCAAGGCUACAAACUCCGCUCGGGCUACCGUAUCAUCCUUGGUGACAACCACGUCUUCCGCUUCAACAACCCCGAAGAAGUUCGCAAACUUCGGGAUCGCGCUGCACAGAAGCAUCAGCUUUCGCAGAGUAUCUCCGCCGCGGACCUGGAGGCUCAAGCCAACGGCGCCGCCGACGGCGCAACGUCCGUAUCGUCGAACGACGCCGUGGACGUCGACUGGAACUUCGCAAAGCGGGAGGCAGCCCUUGCGCGCCUUGGAUUGGACCCCGCGCUCGAUAGUCUGCCUGAUGAGGACCUCAACAAGCUGUUCGAGAAGAUCGCGAAAGUCAAAACCAUGCGCGACCACGUAUCGAAGCCACGCCCGGAGAGCAGCAUGAGCCUCAGCCAGCCAGACGACAUCUGGAGCGAUCCUGGGCGUCCAUUCUCCAGUGACGCGACGGAUGAUACGAGUGUAGAGGUCACGCCGAGCUUGGGGUCGCCGGAGGUCGACGGCAACCUGAGGGAGGCGCAGAACCACCUGGAGAACCGGCUGAUGACCAUGUCGCCGGACCCGGAGGCGGAGGACCUGAAGGUCGAGAAGGACCAUAUGGAGCACCAGCUGCGUCUGGUGAAGAUGCAGAUGAAGCGGCUGAUCGACGCGCGGGCGAGGGGGGAGACGGAUACGGAGGCGAUGGAGUUUGAGCCGGUUAUCUAUUCGGCGCGGCAAUUGAGGCUGAUUAGGAAGGUGUUGGACAAGUGGCGGGCGCAUAGGUCUUUUUCUAUGGCUGAGGUCGUCUUGUCGAAUGCAGUUCUUGUCAAGGAGGCCAAUAUCAUUAGCAAGGAGCUGGGCAAGGACGUCACCUACAACUUUACCAUCUCUGCGGGCGGAUCAUUGGCUGCACCUGCAUCUGCGGUUGACACUAUCGCGGGCUUAGACCAGUUCGGCGAUGUGUCUGACCCGAGGCUGACGUCGUCGACGCAGCCGACAGUAGCGGUGAAGGUCCUAGACAGUAGGCAUAACGCCAUCUACUGUUGGUCGCUAGAUCGCAUGCAGCAGCAAAUACAGCGCAUGCGAAACCUCACGACAUACAUCGACCGACCCUCCUACACGCAACACUUCUCGUCUGACGAACCAUUCUACGACUCACCUCCCCCGGAGUACUCAUUCAUUGGCAAUGCACUCGUGUCGCUCGCACCGCUAUCACGACGUCUAUCGUCUACCUCUGUCGUUCCCAUAUUCUGCCGUUAUACGUCGGAGGCGAUUGGGUCGUGCAGGAUCGACAUCAAGCUGGUCAACGUUGUUGUCUCGCCAAGAUAUAGCAACGGCACCAAUGGGCGGUCGUCCUCGCCUGUUCCUGGCACCGUGCCACCCGGCACGAAACUCAGCUUCUUUGUCACUGUCGACAACGUCAAGGGCCUCUCGUCGAUCGACUUCUCGGCCGUGCACCUGCAGGUUCGCCUAUCAUCCUUCGUGGGCCCGGCUAUCACAGCCGAGGAGGUGUUCCCCUCGAAUGCCAUCGACCUGGACGACAACUCCUUGUCGGAUCUCAAGUUCAGGAGAAGCUUCUCCAUCGUCGCCACUUCCAAGACCCUCACGCAUUUGCGGACAGGGUAUGCGCCCAUCGAGUUCUUUGCUUCCGUGCGGCCGACGUACGUCGAGCGUCUCGAGCGCUGGGACGAGAUGCGGGAACAAAGGCAUUAUCCCUCGACGUCCGGCUCUGCCACGCCCUCGUCGUCCUCGGACUCGCGAUCAGGCUCAGGCUUGCCCCUCAUGCGUCGCUCAGAGAACGACUUCGUGGUGCAGCAACAGCACGACGUCGUGGCAUGGGUGCAGGUCUGCGAGCUGGCUCCAGAUGGUCAAUACGCGCCGGUUCCUGUGGUUGCGCAGAACGCUCUCGACCCAGGGUCGUUCUGCCUGCACCAGGGUCUACAGCGACGGAUCAAGCUCUCACUUGCCUCAAAUUCUGGCCAGCAGCUUCCUUGGCUGGAGUUCACCAAAAUUCGCGUGGGCAAUGUUCGCCUGCUAGACGGCAGGGGGCGUGUCCACGAAUCGACGUCGAAGGCACUGGUUACGCUGCCAUUACUCGCGGAUCAGCAUGUAGAGUUUAGGCCAGACGGCACGGGCAUGUUAGUCGGCGAGGCCCUCUGGGACUCGAGCAUUCAUAACUCGACGCUGCUCAACCGCGUGACGUCGUCGAGCCAGCGAAUAUUGCUGCGCCUGCAGUGGUCGGUGGCGAUUGAUACUUGCGCGGAGCCGGUCAACUUCGACAUGGAUAUCGCCAUCACGAUGCAGACCCGAGACGCGCGCCCGCCAUCGAAGUUCCUCUCGUUCCUCGGGUCGAGCAAGGUGCUGUCGAAGACGAGUAACCUCUUCAACGUGCGUCUGUCGCCUCCCCUGACACGGUCGGCCAAGGACCUCUGGCGACUGGACACGUCGGAGAAGUACGUGCGCGGAGAGGAGACGCUCACGACGUGGCGACCGCGAGGCAUAUCGGUGGUGGAGGACUAUUACCGCCUAGUGUCUACCGAGCGACGUGCAGCAGACGUGCAGGCUAUCCGUGUCAUCCUUGCGACGCUCCCAAAUCGGCCCAUACAGGCAGAUUCGCUGGCAUGGCGAGCAGACGAUUUGAUACGGAAGUCGGUCGAGUUGUGGCAACGACAAUUUGGCCAUAAGGGCGAGAUCGUACUAAGUCAAGAUCCCCGCGACGACGACGAUGCUUCCCAGACGUCCAAAAAGUACGACGAGUCCCUUGAUGGCCUGAAGCUCGUGUCAGAAACUAAGCUUAUCCCACGGACCGAUGGCGCAACAAAGAAGGGCUACCUUCACAUCCUCACUGACGCCGUCCAAGGACAGUGGGAGAAGCGGUGGUUUGUGCUCAGAAGACCAUACUUGCACAUCUACACAAGCUCGAACGAGCUCGAGGAGGUCGGCAUCGUCAGCCUCUCCGGCGUCAAUGUCGAGGCAGACCCUGCGAAGGAGGCCCUUCUGGGGAAACCGUACUCCUUCACACUAUUCACGGCGUCCAACUCGCAUGCCCUAGCAGCACCUAACCUCAAGGAGCUGCAGUCCUGGACAUCAAAAUUGGACCCGACGCGCCUACCCUCAUGACAGUACCCGCCAUAACCUCACGACGUUGACCACCUAUUUACGACCUUGAUCUAUCACUUUCCGUUUCUCGCUAUGUUGUUUGGAUUA